ACUCUCUCUCUCUCUCUCUCUUUCUCCAUCAUCCAACUUACGCCCACAACCCUUCUCGGCUUGCUCCUCCUUGGCGACUCUGCUUCUAUAAAGGCCCCCACCCUCCCUCCGCCCGUUUCUUUCCAAGUGCCCUCUCGUUUUCUUCCUAGUCUUCUAGAAGCAAAACCGCCGGGAUGCAGACCAAGAUCUUCGCCGUGGCCGUGGCCGCCCUCUCCAUGGCUUCGGUCCAGGGAGCCAUCACGCAGAGAGCCACCAUCGGCCCUAUCGUCCUCAUCACCCCCCAGAUCACCAUCAACCCGAACGAACUCACGCAGGCCACGUUCAACACCCUCCAACUCCUCCGCGACGACAUCCUCAAGACUGCUGAUGUUGUCAACCAGCUCACCACCAACAACAUCCUCAACAGGAUCUCCCAGGCUACCGCUGUGCUUACCCAGGCCACUGCCAACGUGGGCACCAUCGUGGCCAAGAUCACUGGGCUUCUCAAUAUCCUCAAUAACCCUCCCUCAACUACUCCUACUCUUCCCGGAGCUCCCUCAACGACUCCUACUCUUCCCGGGACUCCUUCAGUUCCCGCUCUCCCUGAUAUUGGCGGUGCUGCCGAAGACGUUGUCCGCGCGGCCCAGACUCUCGCUCGAGCAAUCACCGCUCAGAUCCAAACCCUCCAACAGCAGACCAACAGCAUCACCGGUAUCCUCCUGAAGCCCAUCUACUCCAUCACUCUGGCCGCCUUGCAGACCAUCCUCGCCAACGUAGGCACCAUCAGCAACAAUGCCCUGGGCACCGCGGCCACCGUCCUCCAGACCGUCAACGCGACCGCCGCAACCGUCGAGUCCAUUCUCGCGCGUGUCCAAAGUGCCCGGCUGAAGCUGAACCCCGUCCUGGUCAUCGGCCUCAACCCCGACAUCGUCUUCUAAACAUGGACAACUACUCUCAUUACACUCUUUGUCCCAGGAAAAACUCGGGGAGAGUGGGGACGCAGCGGCUUGGUUCCAGCACUAAGUAGGCAGGGCACCAGUCGACAACCAUAAUAACAACACACGAUGACCGAUGAGAUGAACUCUUGGUAUCAUUCCGCCUUUGGGAUAUGGGGGGGUGAGAUUGGACAAUAAUGAAUAAUCAAAUGACGACGGACGCGCUUCACUUCUUGAUGGAUGACCUUCCUAUCUUUAAUAU